AAUGUAAAUUUAGCUUGAGAAUUUGGACACUACCAGAAUUUAUGUAAUGUCUCUGGAAUCCUAGAGCUCGGAAUUAGAAGCUGUGCAGUCCCAGUCUGGAAAGUCUUGCCCUCCGUGCACUGCAGGAUGCCUCUCUCCGGCGGCUUUCCCCCUAGUAUGCCCAGAAUUGUAUACCACACUCUGUGUCACUGUCACUGCUGUCACCAGGGCAAGAGGCCAGAGUCUGGAGAUGAAGGGGUUGAAGUUUUAUUACAGGGCAGGCUCCAGGGCGGAUGGGUGGAGCCUCAAAGGCUCAGGUCUAAAAUCCCCACCUGGCUGAUUCAGAGAGAGACCCAUUUGAAAACUCCCGGAGGACCAAAGCAUGAGAUACCUGUGGACAUGUCACAGAUAGCAGCCACGGUGGAUGCUGUAAGUUCCAAUUUCUUCAAGGUUCUCUUACAAACUCACAUGAAAAAAGAAGAAUGGACUAUAAGACAUCUGGACCUCAGUAACAAUCUCAUAUCAAAAGUAACCUUGAGCUCUUUCGCGCAUUUUCAUGCUCUGGAAAUAUUAAACCUCAGCAACAACGCCAUCCACUCCGUGUCAUUGGAUCUGCCCAGUCUUAAGUCCUCGUGGGUGAAACGCCACAGAAGCAGCUUGAGAAAUGGGCUUCCAUUUCUAAAGUUGCUCAUUCUUCAAAGAAAUAAACUCAGUCAUAUACCCAAGGGGCUAUGGAAACUGAAGUCGUUACAGAGUUUGGAUCUGUCCUUCAAUGGGAUAUCACAAAUUGGUCUGUCUGAUUUUCAUAACUGCCUGCAACUGGAAAACCUCCAUUUAAAGAGCAACAAGAUAUUCAGAAUUCAUCCAGAAGCCUUCAAGGACCUGAAAAAAUUACAGGUGGUAGACCUCAGCAACAAUGCGCUGACCGCCGUCCUGCCAGUGAUGAUCAUUGCUCUAGAACUUCCCCACCUGGAGGCUGACUUGGCUGAUAACCAAUGGCAGUGUGACUACAGCGUGGCAGUCUUCCACAAGUUUAUUUCUGAAUCCUGGAGGGAAAAGUGGAAUGUAAUUUGCAACAAGUCUAUAGGGAAGGAGGAGGCAUACUGGUGGACCACCAAAAGAGUUUCCAGAGAGACCCAGCUUCAUCCCACGAACCUGAAUCCUAUGAAGAGCCUCCUGAGGAGCACAGGUGAGAGGCCCGGGGAAGCGCGCUUUUCUACUCCGGGGAAGAAGGACCCUGUGGGCUCUGAUGCCAGGGAGAGGCCGAGACGGCUGCCAAGGUGGGUGAAGAGUGCCGGGGAGGAGCAGACAGCUGGCAGGAUGGGACGCACUCCCCAGGACCUCACCCUGGCCGUCUGCCUGGCCGUGUUCAUCACGUUCUUCGUGGCUUUCUGCCUGGGCGCUUUUGCAAGGCCUUAUGUGGACAGACUGUGGCAACAGAGAUGCCGGAAAAAAAGUCCAGGCUCAGGUGACUUGUACUCAAACCCGGGCUUCUACGAUGAGAUCGAAGCUGCAGGAGUCAGACAGCAGCCAAGGAUGGAUCUGCACCAAACUUCCCAUGAUCAAAACCUCCAUGAGAACCAAAACUCUUUCUGGGUGACAGAGGCCAGCCCAUACGCUGCUGUCAAUCCUGAGAGAACACUGGCACCCAGCAGAAAGGAGCCUGGUGGCCGGCAGGGCCUUGAACACUUCGCAGACCACACUAGGACAAAGGACAGCACGCUUCCAUAUCACGGUGGGGCCGGGCCCCUUCUCCACCAACACUCAAAUGCCCGUGAUCCCCAACCACUGUUGGCGGGACAGGACCACAUCUACAGGAAUGAAAUCCCUGGAGAAGUAAAUUAUGACACUGUGGCCCAGGAAGGUGCCCUCAGUGAGCGUUCCAUGGGUCGCCCUGCAGCACCUGCCAGAUCACAAAGUGACCUCAGCUCAGUCUCUAAGGAUUCCGACGAGUUAGGUCCCCCUCCCCCAAGAGAAAUGACAGCUCCCCUCUCUCAGAUGCUAGUGCACACAGAAGCGCUGAGGACUGGAGAGAAUGAGGGAAGAGGGGGCACUGAACUCUCACUUCCGGAGUUUUCUAAGGAGAGGCAAGUGAGGGCUUAUGUCAACUCGCUGAGUGCACAGCAGCAGAGGAUCAGGGGCCUCCGUGCCGCGGGAGAGCUUCCCACCCACUACAGUGGGGCCACACUCACUGACCCCGGAGACACGGACUGGUCCCCACCGGCCUCCCCUCCAGGGCGGGGCCCUGACCUGCCUGUCACUCCCAGUAACAAGGAACCAGUGCAGAAGCACCCUCCUGACUGUCAGUACGAGUCAGACACCAACUCUGAUUCUGAUGAAGGGUCUUUAUUUACUCUAAGUUCAACAAGUUCUGAGGACACAAGACAUGUGUCUGAAAAAGAGGCACAUGGCGAGGGGAGCUGUAGGGCCAGCAAGACCCUGGAGGACGAGGACUCAGGAGAGAGGACAGACAACGUCACUUACCAAAAUAUUCUGGGGAAAGAAGAUUCCUGUGAGAAUCAGGAAGAUCGUUUUGAAAAAACUCUCACUUCCGGUCCAGACUCUGGUUUGUGGGAGACCCGUCUGGAAAGUGCCUCUACCACCGGUAGAUCUGAGGAUCCACUGACUUUGCCUGGGUCCCUGGGCAGUAGCCCUUGUAGUGAUGCGAUCCCAGGCGUGUCUGUUUAUGAUUACAUCGCAGCUCUUCAGUCCGAGCCGGUGGAAUGGCACUGUUCACUCAGAGACUUAGAGUUUUCAAAUGGGGAUAUUGUACCACAGACACCACCACAUUCUGCCGAAGUUUCCUCGGAUUCUGAUGAGAGUUCCUGUCCUGACGGGGACGCCGACAUUUGUAAAUAAGAACCUCACGUGCCGAGAACCUCAAAACAAUAUUCCUUCCAAGAUAACUACAGGGAAAACUUCAGACCCUCACAGCAAGAUUCAGAAUGGACACUGAUGUAAAUGAGAAGUUUGUACGUCCUGAGGACGGUGGUUUGGGAAAGGUUCUAAGCCAAAUGUGUUACACUCCUGUGGUGAGGAACUGGCUCUUCAGUGUAAAAGGAGGGUGGUGGGUGGGGGCUAUUUUGAAAACAGUUGCAAGAGCCAGGUACCACUACUACAAGAGCUUCCAAAUAAAACUAGUUCACUAAGAGCACGGGAGCACUUCAGUGAGAGAGACGGGGGUCAGCAUUCAGAGGGGAACCUGCUGCACUUAGAAGAAAUCAUUCUAACUUUUAUACGCAAGUGCAGACCCAGAGAAACCUGAGGGGAGUUGGCUCUCCAUGAGAGGACCAGCUCUACUAUGACAAAGACAAGGACGUUCAACUUGAAAAUCAAAGAGAAAUUCCAGGAACAUCUUCAGUGCCUACUGAUGCACUUAGACAGGACUGCUGGACAGAUUUUAAUGAAUUCUGCACAAAGAACCACACAGCUUUUUGGGUUGAUUAGGGAACUGUAAAACUGGAGAAAUCCAGAGCAAUUCUCAAUAUUUGUUAAAAAGUAAUGUUAAAGGAGGCACCAUUUUGUAGAGCACAAUGUAAAUUAAAAAUCACUUUUCAAGAAGAGAAGUGAUGUCUUAUGUAAAAGAUAAAGGCACUCCAUUAUUA